AUGGUGUACACUUCGUUGACGGAGGCUCCUCACAACCUCAAGGAGGGUAUUGACUGGUUGAUGGCCCUGAGGGGGAAGGAUGGUGAAAAGAACUUGGCGGCUAUGGGUGCCGCACUUUACGAUUUUUUCGAAGACAAGCCGGUUGGAAAGAUGGAGCUGCCAGCUCUCGAGAAAAUAAAAAGCAUUUCUAAAGAGUUCAUGGAGAACCCGGCACUUAAUUAUAUGUGGCCCGCCAACGAGCUGCUGAGGAGAUUCAGGGCGCCCAUGAGUAAGAAAGGACCCAUUUGUCUCGGUAGCUGCUUUGGAGCUACACUCGAAAGCGACUAUAAGAACGUCGUGAAAACCAAGAAUCUCACUGUCGAAACAAUCGCAAAGAAAUUAGGUAAAGUCGUGGAUGGUUGUGAGAAGUUCCUAGAAAAAAUAAAAAGCCCUGAUGGGUAUAAGCCGUCUUACAACUCAGAAGCCACAUGGGAUGCGUCAUGCGCAAAGGACCCGGAAGCUUGCGCAGUGGUCCUGGUGGGGAGCGCCGAUGCUGUACACGGGUUUGCGUUGUUUGCGCAAGGCAAGUCAUGA